AUGAAUAGUGACUUAAUUUCAUGACAUUCUGCAUUUAACUAAAUUUAAUUUUCUUUUACAUUUUUUUAACAACAUAUAAUAAUUUAAGUUAGAGAAUGUGAAUCUGAAGAUGAAUUCAGAAGUAAAGUAGUUUAAGAUGCCAAAAAUAUUCUUAGAGAUUCUACAGCUUAACUAAAGGUAUGCUAAAUAUCUAAGAUAAGAGCUACUAAUUUAUAAACAACCAAUUAAAAACAGAGAAUAAAAUAAGAAAAUGAUUUUAAUAGCUGCUGAAGAGCCAAGUUGCUUUAAGAAGGAGGAAGAGAAAAAUAAAUAGGUUUCACAGAAAUUUUGUCUACUAUAUAAAAUGUAUCAAAGGGAGUUUUGUUUAUUAAGAAGAGCUUCAAAGGGUUUGCUUUAAACAUCAUUCAGCAUUAAAGAAAUUACUAAGUGUUAAAUUUGA